AUGACACCGGAUCAUGCUUCAGAUACUGGUGGAUUAGGUAUUCUUGUUGGCACAGGAGAGUUAAUUUGCAGUUUCUUUUCGCGGGUGCUGCUUUGUGGCGUAUUUAUUGCUCAUCCAGAAGAUCCACUCACAUUUUUAGAGGAAAAGCUCAGAGAAAUAAUGGCAAAGGGAUUAGAUGCUUCCUUAUGAUACAUACUAAAUUAUUCCCAGUGUGUGUGCUAUGUGAUGACUAAAGAAUUAUGUGCCAAAGAAUGGGACUUUUACAGCAGAAACUUAAUUAAGCCUUAUUUGGGAGGAUGGAUAAAAUAUAAUUUGCUGAAAAGGGAUGAGAAAAAAGCCAGUGGAAGAUUGUCGGGGUCUCCUCCCCCUGCCAUAAUCCCCACUGUAACAGAAAAUGGCUAUAGGAUAAAUCCAUUAAAUGUACAAAUAUUAAGAGUUAUUAUACAGAAGUGGAACAUGUGGGUGUAGACUGACAAGGAAAAAAACCAUUUAAAUCUGUUGUGUAGAGAUAGUACUAAUGGAACUCUAUGACUAUUGACAAGUUUAGCUCACUGUAGAAAAUUCACAAUUUUACCAUACCUGGACUCUGGAAAAGCCUGUCACAAGGUCAUCUGUUUGGAAAUUCCAGGUUGCGUUCAGGUUUGUACUGAUGUCUUCAGAAAUACUGCCAAUGGCUGCAAUUUGAUUCAAGAUUUGCUAAUCAGCAGAAUGUUAACUCUUACAGACAGAUGUAUUUAAGCUCAGGUUGAGAAAUGCCAACAGAUAAUGUCUGUUGUCUUGCUUGACUCUCCAAAAUUUUCAGGCACAUCUUUGAAAACCCUUGCUGAAUGUAAACUUUUGAAGGUCAGCAUUGAAGAGAAUAACCAAAUUACUGAUCUAAGUUUCAAGUUGAUGAGUAACUGCUGCCCAUACAUCAGGCACAUUCAUGUAGCUGAUUGCCAGAAGAUUAGAGAACCUGGUCUUAAGAUGACUUCAUCAUUGAAGCAUAUCCUUGUACUGAAUAUGGCAGACUGCACAAGGGUCAGUGAUGGAUGUGUAAGGCCAUUUGUACAAGGUUUUUCAGGAGCUAAGCUACGAGAGCUGAGUGUUAGCUCCAACAGAGGCACUGCUCUCCACUGUGGUCUAGAAAACAAUUGCUUUAUUGUAAUUGAGUUCUGCAAGGACACAGAAUACCUGGAACACUGCCAUGUCUCCUGCUGCCCUCAGCUGACAGAUGAAGCUGUGAAAACGAUGGCAUUGCACUGCCACAGAGUAAAAUCUGUCAACAAAGUGAGUUGCCCAAAGAUGAUUGAUACGUGUAUCCAACACUUGGCUGCAGCGUGCCAUUGUCUCUUCCUCUUGGACAUCUCAGGUUAUACUCAUCUUACUGUAUACCUGAAAUAACUUUGGAAAGACUGUAAGCAACUCCAAAUUCUCAUGACAUUUUACAGUAUUAUUACUCCAGUGGCAUCACCCACUCAGAUCUGUGUUCAGGCAGAUGCUGACAUACUAGAGCAAGUGUGGAUGAAGCCCACCAAGACCAUUAAAGGGCUGGAGCAUGUGCCGUGCGAAGAAUCUUCAGAGCAUUGCUUUGGUAAGUCACAGGAGAAAGCUCGAGAUGGAGGAGACCUUAUUGCUGUCUCUAACCCCUAUCAGAGCACACAAAAGAGAAGGCACGGCCAAACCAUUCCCAAAGGUGCACUGAUAGGACAAGCGGCAUACAAACAGCCUCCGAAAAUUUUUAUUUUGUCAUUAUUAUUUUUGAACUCGUGUUGCAGACAAGCUGUCUUGAAAUACACAGCUGAACUGGAGAAACAGGAACAUAAUGAUGUUGAUCCUCCUUCCUGGCUUGGAUAUGACUGGGAUGGUAACACCUUCACCAAAAAACACAGAUCAGAGCCUGAAAAAACAAAUUCUUCAAAAUAAAAAAUGAAGAAAUUGUGCAACAUCUCUACAUUUCAAGGGUUUUUCUCUAGAGCACGAAAAGACCACUGUGUUAUUUUUUCUUAAAACUAAUCACACUUUAAUAAAAGGCCAUUUGUUGCAUUAGUAAGGAAGCAUUGCAAAUCUUUCUCACAGGAGUAUGAAUGCCUUCAAGCAAGACAGCUGCACUCAGACAGCACUGCUAACUCUCAGAUGUUGAUUCAAGCUGUCUUCAUCUUUCAAUAAUGUAAGUUUUUGUAGUCCUGUGCAGAGUAAGCAAUGAAUAAAUCUGCAUGUGUUUCAGGUUCUUGUUUACCAUGAAGGUCCUCUCCAGGACAUAAACCCUCUGACUCCCCAGAGAACUUCACACUUGAUGUGGCUGGUACUCAGCAAGUACAGCCUUCUUGAGUAACUGAGAGCAGUGAGUAGGUACAGACUACAGAUUCUUUAAUACAUAACUACACCCAUACAUUUAAGCACAGUUCUCCACUUCUCAACAGUCACUUGUGCACCCAGAGCCCUCAUUCUCAUAAAAGCCUCCUGGGCUGAGUCCAACUCUCUAAAGGAGCUGAUGUUAGUGUUUGCAGAUCUGAACUGUGGGCUGGCUGGCAGCUGAGAGACCAGGAGAAGCAAAUUAAAGGGAGCACAGAUGAAAAAAGUGUUAAAAGUAUAAAUUUGCUCCAGUUACAAGAAUAAGUCUUCUCACCAAAUGGACAAAAGAGAUAUAUGAGCACACAAGGGAUUUACCAUUCAGAUUCUAAUUGCUGAUAACCUACUAAUCUUCCCUUGUCUCGAGAAAAACAGUUUCACCUCAUUAUAGCAGAACAAGACAUUCUUCAAUGCCUUUGGGGAAACUCCCAAGGAUUUGUCCUCCUUCAGCUCAUUCUUGACCUUUAUAUUAAUAUUCUAGUUGGUAUUAGCUCGGAAUUGUAUUAGCUUGGAAUGAAUAUAAUCAGUAGCUUUAGCGGUAGCACAAUUUUUCUGCUGGCUUAUUUAAACUACUUUAAGCGAGUAACUAAAAAUCCUGAUGUUUAAUUCCUGCUAGAUUUAGAAAAUCAAUGAAUUCGAAGCCAGAGUUUGCUUUCUUUUGAAUAUGGAACAAAUAACAUGUUUUCUUAGUAUGUUCCCCCUUAAAUUGCUGAUGCAGCAGUCCCAAAAAACACAGCCUUAAUCUCAGGCUGACAGGCUUUGUAUUCCAGGUGAAUAAUGGGACCAUUAAAUGGAUUUGAUCUUGUGAAGGAUCUACUAGACUGUUUUUAUGUUUUCAUGUGGUGUGAAUUUUGAGGUGCUUUUUUCACUUUGGCUGCAGCAGGGCAGAGAAAUCAUUUGUUUCAAAUAUUUUUCUGGAUAUCCAAAACCAUUAUAAUUUAUUAAUUUUGUAACUUUUAAAAGUAUAAUAACUCAUAUUUAGCAAUAUUGUAAUAACGUUGGUAAUACUAUUAGAAAUGUUUUAUAUAUUAGUGUUUAUAUUAAAAAUAUAUUAAUUUGUCAUAUGCAUCAGUGCCCACCUCAUCCCAACAAAUAGUACACACAACAGUAAACAGAAUGUGGAGUUUUUAACCACCCUGAAUUACAGUAGAAAUGCUGCCCUUGACUCUUGAAGUCCAUUAGCCAGGGGCAAUUAUACCUCCCGGGGAAUCCUGUGGCAAAGGAGAAGUUCAUUUCAUAAUGUACCAUUAUGACCUAAAGUACAAACACAUAUAUACAAAACUUAAAGCCUGAGCUGACAGUCUGAAUUUUCUCCUGCUCCUUGCCAUCCACUCAGUUGGCAGGGAUUCUUACAUUUCAGCUUAAAACACAAAUUUCACUACUUCUUUUAUAAGGUGCCAUAUAGAGGUAUGGAAAGGCUUUUAAAAGCUCCAUUGACUUUACUGUCUGUUUGCAUUACAGUAACAUGGAAUUCUCCACAAAAAUCAGUCCUGCCCUUGUGCAGGGCCUACCUGCUCCCCUCACCUCCUUCCUCUGCCUUCCUGCCUCCAAGAGCUGCCUGGCAGCUUUGCAGGACAGGGCUCUAAGUCACUGCAAACAUAGCAAACAAAGAGAUUCCAGUUCUCAGUUACCAGGCCAAUACUUCCAUUCUAUGGCAGCUUUUCCUUCAGGGGAAUGUUCAUGUGGACUUGGCCCUGAAGUCCAAUUGGAGGAGUGUUCCAGUGAACACUCAGUAAUGAAAUUACUCAGAUCCAUUGCACUUUUACUUAUUUUAAAAGCUUUUCUUUGCAGAUGAGCAGUGGCAGACGUAGCUGGAAUUCUUAUUUCUAUUCACAAACCAGCAGUUCAGGAUGACAUGGAGCAAGUUCUGCCAUUUCACAGAAGUAUUUUUACACAUAGAGUACCUAUUGCCCAGGCAGAAACUGCUCAGGGUUCAAACACCAAAUGAGAAGACCACAUAAGAACUACAGUUCUGAAAGUGAUUUUAUGCUAUCCAUGAUACAA